ACAAUCCUUUUCUAUUCUGCCUGUAAACAUUUCCCACGAGUGUACUUUCCGUUCGUGCCAAGAUCGGUAGCGAAUCUGUUAUAAUCCCGUUUCUGUAACAGCAAUAACAGUUCUUCCUUCUAUUCACGUUACUAUUUACUUCACACUUAAUUUACACACGUUCUUCUUGCUACAGACAAUCUAAUUUAGAUAACAAAGUUGUAUUACAAAUGCGACGAACACAUUCUGCGAAACGUAACCUGCUUGGACGCCACCUUCACAUUAAUGAACUUCACGCACGUGGCGUUGCAGUCACGUGGUCAAACAGAGAGUUGCGAGAAAUAAUAGAAUUAAAACAUACUUAUUAGUAGAUUUCUAUUGUUGUUUGUUGCUCCUGUUUCUCAGUCUGAAUAAUUUUGAGCUACAGUAACGUUAAAAAGAAUAUUUAAAGUAAUUGAAAAGUCCUUACGGUGUUAUUUAUCGAUGACAGAAAAAGCGGGAAACGUGUGUGCUAUUACCGGGUAUCUGUCACCUGUUUUAUAGCUGUUUAAUCGUUGCUAAUUGAUGCUCGUAAUUUGUGUAAUUACUGCGGUUAUUGCAUUCGUUAUUUACACAGUGAUUAAAAUCAAGAUUGAAGAGCGGUUUGAGGAAUGCAGAAUGAGCAGAUUGAGCCUAAAAAAGCAUGACAUGUCGAGUCAGGGCUCUCCGUGUAAAAAUAAGUCAGUGCCCAGUUCAGAGGUCAUUGUUGAAAUAUCAUCUGAUGAGAGCACUAGUCAAAAUAUUUGCGACAGUGAUUUGUCAGAUCAAGAAUCAGUUAUGAAUGAAGUUUACAACAAUGAGACUUUACAUAUGUUUCAAAAGUCUACUGAUAGUGUAUCAUCCGAUGAAGAUGUAGUCGGUACGGUAUUUCCAUCUACUUCAAGAGGGCAAACACAAACUUCAAUGUUUGGAUGGCCUAAAAAAAAUAUAAAUAUGGAAAAGGGCACUACAAUGGAACACAAAGUGUGGGACUCCUCUGAUGACGAAUCAAACAUAUUUGUUCCUACUAUGAAAAAUAAUACUUCAAAGAAAAUUGAUUUGAUCACAGAUGAUGAUUCUAAUUCUUCGUCUCAUUGUAAACAAAAAAAGAAAUUUAAGGGGUUCAAAAGUGCUGAGCCAUCAAAUACAACCGAACUUAAGGAAGAUGUUUUGCCUGAUGUAAAUCAUGAGAUAAUGAUAUCUGGAAUCAAAGUAAAACUUCCUGUGAAACCUUAUUCGUCUCAGGUUGCUGUAAUGAAUAAGCUCAUACAGGGUUGUGUAAAGAAAGAAAAUUGCCUACUGGAGAGUCCAACAGGAAGUGGAAAGACGCUGGCUCUUCUUUGCGGUGUUCUAGCAUGGCACGAUCAUCAUAUUGCUCAAGUCAAGAAGGAGUUGGAAGCUAUAGGAAGCGAUGACUGUGAUAUGGAUACUUACGACAACGAAGAAUGUGGAUACAUGGAAAAAUUCUUCAAGGCUGCAACAUCGGACGAGAUGAAAACUCCUAAAAUAUACUACGGUACUCGAACGCACAAGCAGAUCGAACAAGUCAUUAGAGAGUUAAGGAAGACGUGCUAUACGCACAAAAAGAUGACCAUUUUGAGCAGUCGAGAGCACACUUGCAUUCAGGAGUCCACAAAGAAUAAGACAGAACUUUGUAACGACCUGUUGGAUCCUGCAAAGCACAAGGGAUGUCCAUUUUACAACGAAACUAACAAAAAGACCCUCGCGAAUUUCCGCGCAGUGAAGGCCCACGGUUUGGGGCCAGCAUGGGACAUCGAGGAUUUGGUUACCAUAGGAAAAGACAUAGGCGUGUGCCCAUACUUUUCUGCCAGGAGCCUAAUGGAGGAGGCAGAUAUUAUAUUCUGCCCUUACAAUUACAUAGUCGACCCUGAUAUCCGUGAGACUAUGCAACUCGACCUGAAGGGUCAGGUGAUCAUCGUAGACGAGGCGCACAACAUAGAAGACAUUUGCAGAGACGUGGCAAGCGUCAGUUUUCGAGAUGAUCAUCUCGCAGCUGCUGCACGCGAGUGUGAAGUUCUCGUGGAACAGAGAACCUACGAUGGUGACACUUACAAAACCCUGAAAGAGUACCUCUUUCGACUAAUCAAGUUCCUCAAGGACAUGAUUCUUCAUACAGUGAACAACACCAUGAACAUCGAGAUGUCGAGCCCUUACUAUACAGGCCGAGAACUGUUGGAGUAUCUCAACAUGAACAAUCUUGGUGAAUCAGUGUACUCAUCGAUCGUUGCUGCUGGAAAAGCAGCAAUUGCUGACAGUAUCAAGGCGAAGGAGGACAGUCGAAUAGGUGGUCAUCAGUCAUCGGUAAAACCAACCAUUUGCGCCACUACCAAAUUAAUCCUCCAGCAUCUGCUAUUUACCUUGGAAGUACUCACUUCUAAAGACUUCGUGGACGAAUUCAGGGCGUGCGUAAUCGAAACCGUAGUGACGGAUUAUCAAACCGUACAAGAUGACACGUGGCAUUCGGUGAAGAAACAAUCGCAUCGGGCACGUACGUUGAAACUCUUCUGCAUGAAUCCUGGCGUGACCUUCUCGCCAAUUGCCGAAGCUGCUCGCUGUGUGGUCCUUGCGUCUGGAACCCUGACUCCGAUAGGGUCGUUCGAGAGCGAGCUGAACACAAGGUUCGUUCAUGUGUUGAACACUGCUCACGUGAUACCGAAGGAACAAAUUUUUGCAACCUGCGUACCCAAAGGACCAACUGGGAUUGCUCUGAAGGCGACUUUCCAAAACGUGAACCAAUGGGAUUUUCAGAUAUGA